GUUGAGUUUGUGUGAGCUGCACAUGAGUUUAGCUUUAGCUUAGCUUCAGUUCAGUUCACUCUCUGUUCAGAGGAGUUUUGGUUAAAGACGCUUCGGAGGUUUUUGUCCAGGGUUCUGUGUCUCCCCAGGAUGGGCAAAAGGAACAGGAACAGACAGAGAGACGGAGGCGCGGAGGGCAAACGGAGCAGAGAUGCUGGUUGGGGCGCAGGUUACGCCGAUAUCAUCAAGGAGAACAAGCUGUUUGAGCACUACUACCAGGAGCUGAAGAUUGUACCAGAAGGAGAGUUUGAGCAGUUCAUGGAAGCUAUGAGGGAGCCGCUGCCGGCUACCAUACGAAUCACUGGUUAUAAAAGCCAUGCAAAAGAGAUCCUUCACACCCUGAAAGAGAAAUACUUCAAGGAGAUCCAGGACCUGGAGAUAGAUGGUCAGAAGAUAGAAGCCCCACAGGCUCUAAGUUGGUACCCUGAUGAACUGGCUUGGCACACCAACAUGAGCAGAAAGAUCUUGCGGAAGUCUCCGCUUUUGGAGAAAUUCCACCAGUUCUUAGUCAGCGAGACUGAAUCGGGGAAUAUAAGCAGGCAGGAGGCUGUCAGUAUGAUUCCUCCUCUGCUGCUGAAAAUAGAGCCUCAACAUAAGAUUUUGGACAUGUGUGCUGCUCCAGGAUCAAAGACUGCUCAGCUCAUAGAGAUGCUCCAUGCUGAUAUGGAUGUGCCUUUCCCUGAGGGUUUUGUAAUUGCCAAUGAUGUGGAUAAUAAGCGCUGUUACCUGCUGGUGCACCAGGCUAAAAGGCUGAACAGUCCAUGUAUCAUGGUGGUUAACCAUGAUGCCUCUUGUAUCCCACGCCUGCUGGUGGAGCAAAACGGCGAGAAAGACAUCCUGUUCUACGACAGAGUGCUGUGUGACGUGCCUUGCAGUGGAGACGGAACAAUGAGGAAGAACAUAGAUGUGUGGAAAAAGUGGACAACCAGCAACAGCUUACAUCUGCAUGGACUGCAGUUGAGGAUAGCAGUGCGCGGAGUGGAGCAGCUGGCUGUGGGUGGCAGGAUGGUUUACUCCACUUGUUCUCUGAACCCUAUUGAGGAUGAAGCAGUCAUUGCCUCUCUGCUGGAGAAAAGUGAAGGUACAUUAGAGCUGGUCGACGCCUCAGCUGACCUGCCAGGCCUGAAGUACAUGCCAGGAAUCACAUCUUGGAAGCUGAUGACCAAAGAGGGUCAGUGGUAUUCUGACUGGUCUGAAGUGCCCACGAGUCGACAUACCCAGAUCAGACCCACCAUGUUCCCCCCGACUGACCCGGAAAAGCUGCAGAGCAUGAAGUUGGAGAGAUGCAUGAGGAUCCUGCCUCAUCACCAGAACACAGGUGGCUUUUUCGUGGCCGUGUUGGUGAAGAAGGCACCCAUGCCAUGGAAUCGCCGCCAACCGAAGCUCCGGAACAAGGAGGCCACCUCCUCCAGUGAGGGAGCUCAGGCUCAGGAGCCUCCUGCGGAGGAGGGAGACGGGGAGACCCCCACAGAGGGACACCCCUGUAACUCUGAUGCUCCAGAAAAGCUCCCGGAGCCAGAGGCUAAGAAAGACGGAGUGUGUGGCCCCCCGCCUUCAAAGAAGAUGAAGCUUUUCGGCUUCAAAGAGGAUCCCUUUGUGUUUCUGACGGAGGAUGACCCCGUCUUCCCCCCAAUCCAGGCGUUCUAUGACCUGUCUCCAGACUUCCCCAAGCUGAAUGUGUUGACUAGGACUCAUGAGGGGAAAAAAAGGCAUCUGUACAUGGUGUCCAAGGAGCUGCGCAAUGUCCUGCUCAACAACAGUGAGAGAAUGAAAGUGAUCAACACAGGAGUGAAAGUGUGGUCAAGAAAUAACGACGGGGAACAGUUUGGCUGUGCCUUCCGGCUGGCCCAGGAGGGUAUUUACACUCUCUAUCCCUACAUCAGAGCGCGUGUGAUCAACAUUAGCGUGGAGGACGUGAAGGUCCUCUUAACUGAAGAGAAUCCUUUUCUCAGCAGGCUGGGAGAUGACGCUCAUGCUCAGGCCAAGAAACUCGAAAUGGGCAGCAUUGUUUUAAGAUACCAGCCAGAUCCGAAUGACCCCAGUGCUCCGCAGUGCCCCAUAGAGCUGUGUGGUUGGAGGGGUAAAACAUCCAUCAGGGCCUUUGUUCCCCGCAACGAGCGCCUCCACUACCUGCGCAUGGUUGGAGUGGAGGUGUUCCGGGACAAGCAGGGCAAGAAGGAAGGAGGUGCAGCAGCAGCUCAAGAAGGAAACGCAGAGAACCAAGAGGAACCAGGCCAAGAGGCGGCCGUACCAGAGCAGGAGGGAUCAGACACGGAGCAGAACGGAUCUGCGGAGUCCAAACCCAACGACUCAGAGGAUGUGAGCAGCACCUGAGACCUUAGAGGAGUGCUAGAGCUUUAGCGAGAUGGGUCACUCUGGAGCCAGACAUGUCCAACAGUGGAGAAAUGGGGGAAGAUAGAAAGCUCUGAGCAAACUGCCUAGACUUGCCAUCACCCCUUUUUUAUAUAGAGUAUAUGGACUGGCCCGUAGUUCCCUAGGUGACCUCUGGAACUGGGACAGUAAAAUUACGUUUAUUUUAGAAAAAAACAUUUUUUUAAAGUUUGAAUUGCUUUUGUUUUAUCUUUUGUUUAUGUAAACAGUGGUUUCAGGAGGAAAUGAAAGACGUGGAUUGUUUCUGCUAAGCCCUGCUUUCAGCCAGAGCUUGUACCAACUGCUUGAUGUAUGUUUAGCAAGUCAAUGCCAAAGUGGGCCUGUGGUCUGCUGUUGUUUUUUUUCCCGUUUGUUGGGAUGCCCGGAAUGCAGUUCAUUUUGACACAUGGAAGUGUCUUACAUACUGUAAAUACAUCUUCCCCUUUUAUUAAAACUUGAAAUAAAAAAGCCUGUUGCUGUUGUUCUUGUGUUAUGCUA